UUUACUGGAAGUGCGUGACUGAACUGGUGAUUACGGAAAUAUCUGCUUAGCCAGAAUCAAAUAAAUAAAGGAUUAAUAUCGAGUCACCACCUGUGUCAGCCUGUAAUACUGUCCACAAUGUCCAGGCAAUCCAACCGAACAACAGACAGCAAGAAGAUGAACUCUGAGCUGUUCACUCUGACUUACGGGGCCCUGGUCACCCAGCUCUGUAAAGACUAUGAGAAUGACGAGGAAGUCAAUAAACAACUGGACAAGAUGGGUUAUAACAUCGGAGUGCGUCUGAUCGAGGACUUCCUGGCGCGCUCCAGCAUCGGCAGGUGUCAGGAUUUCCGAGAAACGGCCGAUGUCAUCGCUAAGGUUGCAUUUAAGAUGUACCUGGGAAUCACGCCCAGUGUGACCAAUUGGAGCCCGGCAGGAGAUGAAUUUUCCCUCAUCCUUGAGAACAACCCGCUGGUAGACUUUGUGGAGCUGCCGGAUAACCACAGCACACUCAUCUACUCCAACCUGCUUUGUGGGGUCCUCAGAGGAGCGCUGGAGAUGGUCCAGAUGGCUGUGGAUGUCAGAUUUGCUCAGGACACCCUGAGAGGGGACAAUGUGACAGAAAUCCGCAUGAAGUUUAUCAAGAGGAUUGAAGAAAAUCUCCCAGCAGGAGACGAGUGAUGAAAAAAAAGAGUCUCCUUUUAACUUCUUGUGUCUCAUUUAGGGACGACUGAGUCGAUCGAGGAACACCUUUACAUACAGUCGUAACGGAUGAAUGAACUCAAACAUAUGUGGUAAAAAGACUCUUCAGUUUCUGGCAUCUUCAUCUCCCGCUCUUUCUAACUGUGUUGUUGGGAGAGAAGUGCUAGGAAUUAGAAGAGACGAUUGAGAUUUCCAGAAAACACUUUACACUAUCAAAAGAUCAUAACAUGACCCUGCUACCUUGAAGAGCUUAUCUGUAAAAAAAUUUCCUUGGCACUGAUCUGUGGUCCAGUUUAAGGGAAAAGUUUUGUAGGUUUGUGCCUACAUGACAUCUGUUGCAGUUGAACAGAAGAGAAUGCCUCUGACCAUUUAUCUGUCACCAUGGAAAGUCACUUUUUCCUUCAUUUGAUGUUAAAAUAUCUGUUGCGUGGCUUUAAAGAAAGAUGUCUUUUCAUUUGGCCAUGUAUACACUGUUUUCUUUUUUUUGUAGGAAGGCUGGAAAACCUUACAUCAUAAUGUUUUUAUGUUUGUCUUGUUUGUUUUCUUUUUGUUUGUUUUUUUAAAGAAAUCACUAUAUAUUGCUGCCAAUUAUAUGGCAUGUUAAUUUAUGUCGAUGGAUGUGUCAAAUAAAAGCGACAUAUUUGA